AUUUUCCUCACUUCUUCACAAUGGUCACGACACGCCGAGGAACUGGGGUCGAUGUCGACCCGGCUAGCGCCGCUAAAUCUCCCAAGGGGCUUAAGUCCCCGCGCCCAGAAAAGUCUCCGAAAGGCGCGAAAGCGGCUGGCGGGAAGAACCAUGUUGCCGGCGACAACAGCGAUGCUGUCCUCAAACAUGUUUUGGUGCUUUUUCGCCAUGGCGACCGUAGCCCAAUCACCACACAAGUGGGCAAGCACUUGGUCAUGGAUGCGGCGGAGAAAGACUACUGGGCGUCGAAACUCCCGUCCGACGAACACAUUGAAAAGCUGAGUAAGGGUGCCAAGGUCACUGGUAUGGAACCACAUCUUCCACCGCCAAAAGCGCCGCGAGAUGGUGGAACCUACCCCAAUGGCCAGCUGACUGUCCGCGGCUUGCAGCAAAUGGAAGAAAAAGGCAAGGGUCUUCGUGCACACUACGUUGACUUCUUGGCUGACAUCCAUGAGAGGGACGUUUACAUCCGGUCGACAAACGUCCGCCGCACAAUCCGGUCAUGCCUGGCGCUUCUCCAUGGAUGCUUCCCCGAGCUCGUUGGCGACGAUAGGUUGCAUAUUCGCAUCAACACGGACGUCACCCUCGAGCCGUCGUUCACCCAGGCCGACUACGGCCGCCUCCUAGCGAGAUACAAAGACCCGGAGCACAUAGGGUCCGUGAACCUACCACCGCUUCCCGAUACCGUCGGGUGCACCACGACUCUAGACAAGGAGAUUCGCGAAGUUAUCGGGAUCCACGAUAACGACCCCAUUUGCUACACUUCCCUGCGAGAAGUGCUGGUGUGCCGCAAUGCCCACGACGUCCCGUUCCCUCGGGGUAUGGACCAAGCCAUGUACAACAAGCUCGUGGAUUACAACACGUGGGAAUUCCACGCGCUGUUUGGGGACGCGAACGACUGCUUUGACGGGUUCCACAAAGGCGUAGCUGAAAUCUUCCACUUGCUGCAUGCUGUGACCGAGGGCAAGCACGAGCCUCGCGCGAGCCUCAUGGCUGUCCACGACAGCACGCUGAUUGCACUCUGGAAAGCCAUGCAACUCGAAGUCGGCAUUGUGUUUCCCACGUAUGCCUCCCUCACCGCGAUUGAGUUGUACCAGGACACGUCGUCCCUCGAGUGGUUCCUCGAAGUCCAUGUUGACCACGCGCCGAUUCACUUUAAGGGACACAAGCACGCGAUCCGCACACCGUUUGUGCACUUGGAAGAAAUUGUCCAUAAAUUCCUGAAGAAAAGUCCCAAGAAGCGACCGGUGGACGACGAAGCUGCACAGGCGGAGGAAGGUGAGGGUGCCGUCAAGAAAGCCAAGGUUGAGGCGUAGAACAUGCUCCAUUUUCGGGAACAUGGUGCGGAUUAUAACGUCAACCACUGUAUGACAUGUUAUCUGGGAUGUGCAAGCAUCGUGCCGAGUUGGUGGUCCAACCGAUCGAGGUGGUCGUGACAGCGAGGCAACGAUGGAACGACGAGCUCUUCAUCGAAGGCAUCGACCGAGUCACCGAGGAAAGGUGAGGGUGCUGCAUGCGACAGCCGUCGCAGGCAUCCACGCAACUCUUCAGACACUUGCCGUUCCGCAGCAAGUUGUGCUUGUACACCACGGAGUUGACUUCUGGCCUUGACAAUCAGCAUUCGAUAGAUGGCGAUCGAGUCGUCUGAAUCGUCCGUAGACGAAGAGCAAGUUGGACUCCUGGGAACGGGUAGCGCGGCAGCAGCUCGCAGGAGGGACACUUCUUCCAGCGCCCCUUUCAGGGCUGCACGAAGGUCGGCGCAAUUGCGGCAGGAUCCCAUAGCGACGAUUCCAGCUUGGUACUGUUGUGGAUUCU